AUCAAGGUCAUGAGUCGAGAUGGACGAUGUGUUGAUCACAAGACAAUGAAUUGAUUAAAUUUUUAUAGAGAAUAUUUCAAAUAUUAGACCAAAGCUAACAUCAUGAUGAGCUCAGCAGAAAAUCCCAGCAAGGAGACCAAAGAUGACAAGAAGGGAAAAAAGAUCCAAUUACAUGAAAAUGAUCUGCUCUGUAAAAAUGGUUGUGGUUUCUUUGGUAAUCCUGCUUGGCAAGGAUUCUGUUCUAAAUGUUACAGGGAAGUCUAUCAGAGUGCUCGUCAAGCCCAAAUGCAGCAUGAUGCACAUCGGCAAGAAGCAAAAAAGAAAGUAGAUUUACCAACAUCGUUUAGUAAAUUUGCUGAGAAGAAAACUCAACAAAGUAACAAAAGAGCAAAUACAGUAAAAGCCAUUUUCCGUAAAACAACAGCAAAAGAUUCAGAUCAAUCAACUACUAUAAAGAAAGAAACUCGUAGAUCGAGUAUAGAAAGUCAGAAAAUUGGACAUGAAUUUAUGGAGUUUCUGAAAACCCUCCGUAAACCUGCUGCACUGGAAAUAUCCAAAAAUGUUCGAACUUUCAUAGAGAAAGUGCCCCCAUAUGAAGACGUUAUUGAAGUUUCAAAUCUGGUUCAGGAUUUUUAUCAAUCUCUAAAUGAUAAACUUCUCUCUGCAUCUCUCUUUAAAGGUCUAAGUCAUGAAACUAUUGAGAAGGUAAUGGAUUAUACAGAGAGAUAUAUAUUAACCCGAUUAUACCGCUACAUUUUCUGUCCGCCUACAAUUAAUGAUGAAGAACGAGACCUGGAGCUGCAAGCUAAGAUACGUAGUUUACAUUGGGUGACGGCCCAACAACUCGAAGCAUUAAUUAAUGAGAAUGAUCCUGAUAUACGACUUGAGGUAGAUAAAGCUAUAACAGAUAUUAUAGAACUUGAUUCUAAACGAGCCACCCAAGAUAAACUGGAUAGUGUAGUCAAGUGCAGUAAACAUAUAUUUGAGGCGUUACGUCAAACGAAACAAGGUCCUGCUAGUGCUGAUGAGUUCCUACCAGCAUUAAUCUAUAUUGUAUUGAAGGCUAAUCCUCCGUUAUUACAGUCCAAUAUACAGUAUAUAACACGCUUUGCUAAUCCCAGUAGAUUAAUGAGUGGAGAGGCUGGAUAUUAUUUCACUAAUCUGUGUUGUGUUGUCAACUUUAUACAAAAUCUAACAGCUGAAUCACUGAGUUUAUCUCAACAAGAAUACGAUCGAUACAUGUCAGGGGAGUUAACUCCGUCUAAUGACAAUCAGUAUAUGUGUGAAGGACUACGUUUAAUGCAUGAGAAUUUACGUUCACUGUCCGAUAUGAGAACAAGACAAGAAAAAAUGAUGGCAGAAACCCUCCAACUUCAACAAGACAUGGUGGAAUUCAAAGAUGAUUUUAUCCGUGAAAUCCACAGAGUAGUUGAAAAUAAUCCGCUUAAAAUAAAGCCAAGAAAAACAAAAGUUGAUCUGGAUGAGACAGAGGAUACAAAAAACCUAAAUCUCCCUUCUCCGCUUCUUCCCCAACAAGUUACUCCCCUUGAUACUAACUCCUCAACACAAGAAGAACAGGUGUCCCAAGGGCAGAUAACUAACACUGCGUGCAAUGAUUUACCUGUAACAGAUUGAUUUGAGAGAUUAUUUUUCUAUUUUUUCAUUAUAUUUAUUAUGAAUAGAAAUUAUUUAUUAGUAAUUUUGUUGGGAGAGGGAUACCGGUUUAUUUAUUAUUUUCUUUUAAAAAACACUGGGAGUCAAUAUCAUUCCAAUUUUGUUAUAAAAAACAUGAACUAGACCCAGAAAUCAACUUUAUAUCCACAUCAUGUGUUUCAGCAAUAUUUUAUUUUACCAAUAAAUCAGUAUGUUUUUUCAUUGAAUUUACCAAUUUAAGUAAUGUGACCUAGUCUAACUGCAGCCCAAACUGAUCAGCUGCUAUGCAUUGCCAUUGCUAUAAGCAACUCCUGACACGCCCAUACCUAUAAAUUUGACUUUUUAUCCCUACUGAUGUCUUACACAUAGUGAUAUCAUGAGGUGAUAUUAUAGCUGUUGGCUAUAUUCAGGCCGCUUGAGGUCAGGUCGGGUCGGGUCAGGAGGUCAUUUCCAAAUACAAAAGGUCAAAUUAUAUAAAAUAAAGGUACUGGCAACAUGCCAAUCGCACAUUACUUACAUUAGAUGAAAUAUUGGACAAUUUCAUUGAAAUGCAUGUCUGGGAUAGUGUCUGUAUAUUAAGUUGUUUAAUGGUUUCAAGCAAGACUGCCUAAUAUAAUGAAACAACAUUCGGGCAUUACUUAAAGUCUUGCUUUCGAACAUUAAACCAAACAUAAUGUAUUGGCUGUUUGCCAGAGAACUAAUGCAUUUAUAAAAUUUGUAUAGAAUAAUCAAUGAUUGUUUCAGUUAGUAAAUAGUAAUAUUCUUUUAUUCAUGAUAUAAUUAAUUGAAUGGAUAUCAUAACUAGGUCUUAGAGUAGGUCGUUUAACUCAUUUAAUUUCAUUUGCCCAGAUCUUAGAGUGGGAUGUUGAACAUAUAAUUUUCCUAGGUGUUAGUAUAGUUCUGUAUAAAUAAUUUUAAUAUAUUUUUAAAACGUUGUUGAAAUCCAUAAUGAUAAUAUUUAUAUACAAAAGUAUGUGCACUUCCCACAUAACCUAGAAGUGAUAUCAGAUGUUAGGAUAAGUAAGCAAGCUAUGUGAACUUCCCAUAUAACCUGGAAGUGAUAUCAGAUGUUAGGAUAACUAGGCAAGCUAUGUGAACUUCCCACAUAACCUAGAAGUGAUAUCAGAUGUUCGGAUAACUAGGCAAGCUAUGUGAACUUCCCACAUAACCUAGAAGUGAUAUCAGAUGUUAGGAUAAGUAAGCAAGACAUGUGAACUUCCCAUAUAACCUGGAAGUGAUAUCAGAUGUUAGGAUAACUAGGCUUACAUGCAGGAUCAUAUUUAAUGCACUGCUAACAGUAAGUUCAGGAGUUCAUGAUUUUAUGUCUAAGAAAAUGUGUUCCAAUUUAUUUGAGGAUUUGUAUGCCACAUAUAUGUUGAGAUGGACUUUAAAUUAAAAGUAAUUAUUAAUGAAUAUUUCCUUCUUGCUUUAAUAUAACGAAAUACAGAUGUAGAAAGCCCCUAGAAAUGUUAUGCAAUGUGAAAUUCAAUCUGAUUAAAACACAGAUCCUAUUUUGUUUCAGGGGGGUUGGAUUUCCGAAUGGUUAGCACCUCGCUGUAUCAUAAAGUCUGUCAUUGAGUCGACUGGCGUGGUUUCGAAUCCCCGGUUGUACGUGACAAGGAGUAGGGUCGCCUGUCCAACCUCGUGGGUUUUCUCCGGGUCCUCCGGUUUCCUCCCACUGCUAAAGACCCCUAUGCGCAAGCGAAUUAUUGAAAUAAAAAUAAACCAUAUGUUAGUCCCGAAAUGACCUAGUUGUGUCGAGUGGACGUUAAACCCCAUUUCUCUCUCUCUCUCUAUUUUGUUUCGGUUAUUAUAGUUCAAAAUUUCGUUUUACUUCACAACACUAGGAUCUGGAAGAGUUAUUAUAUAAUCUGCCUUCUGGUUGAUGUGAGGGAUUAGCCAAUAAAACGAUCUGUUACGGCGAGUUCUUGGCAUGCGGUGCACGGAACUGUGGGUAAGCCACUAGAAACGUUAACGAUGAUUGAUUAAUCACAGUCUGACGUCAUAGGGUCAAAAGCCACUCGUAUGACCCUUAACACGACCUUCCACUACAACCGGUCAAAACUUCAUGUAGUGUAGGCCAUCGAAAGUAUAAAAAAACGAAACGAAAUAUAGAUCUGUAUUUUAAUCAGAUUGUGUGAAAUUUGUACCUGUUUGAAUGUGUCUGAUGCUUGUCACUGCUUAAAGCUUUAGUAACAUUUUUCUAACACAUAUAUUUUUACUUGUAUGUUUUAAUCAUCACAAUUUACACAAAAUUAUAAAAUAACCCUUGCUACAAAAGUGAUUUGGAUUUUUAUACGCCCACAUUGAAAUGUGGUCAUAUAUUGUCGUUGUGUCCGUCUGGCAACAAAAUUCCUUCUGAUAAUUACUUAAUGGGUUGUUACUUGUAAUCAGAAUUUAGAGUGUAGUAAAUGUUUUAAUUACUGACAAAAGAAAAAAUAUGGGACAACCCUUGUUGACUGCUCGGAGGACUUAGCUGCUGUGAGCGUAUGUUUUGUUGCCUGGCAACCUAUCUUUUUUAUUGUUAUUUUGAAUAUCAUGUAGACUUUAAUCCAUUACCUGAAGGGUGUAGAUGAACAAAUUGAUUGAUUGAUAAACACAGACAUCAAAAUAAAAUACCUGGUAUUGGGAAGUUAGUAAAAAUCAAUUAGGAAGAGUUUACUAUGAAGUUCAAAGAAUAUAUAUAUAUAUAUAUAUAUAUAAGUGUAUUUGAACAAAUUAGAUGUAGAGUUCUCUACCCUGUUUAUUGUCUAUUGUUACCAUGACAACUCUAUUUGUUUAUAUUCUAUGAUUGUAUUGUAAAUAUUUAUCGCAGUGAAAAUAAAAUUGUUAAAUCUUUA